CAUUGCAUCACUCGUGUGUAGCGGUGGCUGGGUUGAGAAUGAACGGCAUUAUAGACGAUGAUUUUGAGUUGGCUCUUCGUCUUGAUCAUGAAGGAGAAACUGAAGGAUGGAGUUCUACAGGAUCAUGGAUGUGCUGUAGAAAAGCCAGGUUUUUGAAAAAAAUCGACAGCGAAAAAGAAAUUCCUCUCCAUAUCAAAUCAAGCAGAAUUUAUCUAGAUGGAAUUCCAAUAGAUAACUGUUUGAGCCUAUUGAUAAAUCCUGAUCAGAGAAAUGCUUGGGACAACGGCCACUUCCAGCUGGAAAAGUUAGAUUCAAGUGACUACCCACUCGGCACAGACCUUAUCUACUGGAAAAUGUUUUUGCCAUCUGUUGUCAAAAACAGAGAUAUGGUUCAGCUGACUGCUUACAAGAUGAUCGGAAACGCUUGUGUUAUUGUCUACAAACAGGGGGAUGAUUCCAAGAAACCAGAGAGCAGCGAAUUUAUUAGGAUGAAGACAGGACUAAGCUACACAAUCCUUAGACCUGCUGAAGAUGAUCCUUCAUAUUCUACCUUGAUAUCAACAUUGGGGAACAAUGAUUAUGGUGGUUGGCUACCCAAUUGCCUAAUGGGACUGCUCUAUAGCAUGUCAAUCACGAAUCUCUGUAAUCGACUAUUGCACGCCUAUCACAAUCAGCACUAACUCAGUGACAGUGUCACAAAUCUGACUUUGGCAUAGCUAUAGUAUAAACCGGUAUAAUUAAUUAAUAUUACAAGAUAGUACUUCAACACAAUGAAGUACGUGUGACAUCUUGCUUCAGUAAUCUUAUAUAUCACACGCAAUAGCAAUUUAAAACUGAUACAGUUUUGUAUUAAAUCAAAGAACAAUGUUGGCAUUCGA